CACGCGAUAUCGUCAACAAAGAUGGUGCUGCACGGAGGAGCUCUGCGUUUAAACCUGCUGGUCAACAGCAAUCACUUUUACAAAUUCACCUCAUUUGUCGGUGUCCGGUCGUUUUCUGAAAAAGUGUUAUCUAAACCCGAAACGGCCAGUGCCUCAGAGACCACGGGUGACCAUUUAAUCUACACACAACAGCACUUUGCAUUAAAGGAGUCCCUCAGAAAGAUCAUCGACCAGGAGAUCAACCCCCAUGUAGAUCAGUGGGAAGCUGAAGGCAAGUUUCCAGCCCAUAAAGUCUUCAAAAUCUUAGGGAGUGCCGGCUUUCUAGGAGUCAACAAACCAGUUGAGUAUGGAGGUUUGGGACUGGACUUCAGCUACAGCGUAGCAGUGUCAGAGGAGCUGGGCAACAUCCGCUGCGGAGGCAUCCCCAUGGCCAUUGGUGUACAGACCGACAUGACUACUCCUGCACUGGCCAGGUUUGGUUCAGCUGAGCUAAAGAAAGAGUUCCUCCUUCCGUCCGUCAUGGGGGACAAAGUGGCCUGCCUCGGAGUUAGUGAAGUUGGAGCUGGCUCUGAUGUCUCAAGUAUCCGGACCAAGGCAGUGAGGAAAGGAGAUGAAUAUGUGAUCAACGGGGGAAAGAUGUGGACUACCAACGGUACCCAGGCUGAUUGGAUGUGUCUCCUUGCCAACACCAGUGACGGGCCUCCACACAGGAACAAAUCUCUCAUCUGUUUGCCCAUGAACCUGCCAGGAGUGCACAUUGCCCGCAAGAUAGAAAAACUGGGUAUGUGGUCAUCAGACACAGCUGAAGUCUUUUUUGAUGACGUCCAUGUUCCUUGUAAGAAUAUCAUUGGCCAGGAAGGCAUGGGCUUUACAUACCAGAUGCUUCAGUUCCAGGAAGAGAGGCUCUGGGCAGUGGCCAACAUCGUGACAAUGAUGGACAACAUCAUUCAGGAGACCAUCCAGUACACAGGGCAGAGGAAGAUCUUCAAGCAGCCUGUCCUCUACCACCAGUCGGUCCACUUCAGGUUGGCUGAGCUGCAGACAGAGGUUGAGCUGCUCCGCUCCCUCCUCCACCGUGCUACAGCAUUGUACAUUAAAGGCAAUGAUGUCACCAAGCUGGCAUCCAUGGCCAAAUUGAAGGGUGGCCGUCUGGCCAGAGAAGUGGCUGACACCUGUCUCCAGUACUGGGGAGGGAUGGGUUUCACCAAUGAUGUGAUGGUCAGCAGAUUUUACAGGGACUCCCGGUUAAUGUCGAUUGGUGCAGGGGCUGAUGAGGUCAUGCUGGGAAUCAUUUGCAAGUACAUGGACACGCUACCCAAGAAGUGAUGUCAUAACUUUGCUGAUAAUGAACUAAUCGUUCAAAAUGAAUUGCUAAAAGAAAAAAAAAAAAA